AUGGCUUCUCUGUCAGGCAAAGUCAUCGCGCUAACGGGUUGUGGCUCUGGCAUCGGUCUCGCCACUGCUAAACACCUUGCUGCCCAUGGAGCCAUUCUCUCAAUCUCUGAUAUCCGAGGAGGGCCUCUUGCUGAGGCAGCUAGAGCGAUCCGAGAGAUUGGUCCCGAACCAAUGGUGACCGUUCUCGACAUUGCUAAGGAAAACGAAGUGAACUCCUGGAUCCAAGAGACAGUGAAGAAAUUUGGCAGACUGGAUGGCGCCGCAAAUAUCGCAGCUAUCCACAGCAAAUUCACGCUGGUGAAAGAUAUUCCUACUGAAGAUUGGAAUGAAGUCAUUGCCGUCAAUCUUACUGGAUCUAUGAACCUCCUACGAGCCGAGCUUCAAGUAAUGAGCUCUGGGGGGUCUAUUGUCAACGUUUCCAGUGUGGGAGGCGUUCACGGUGUGCCAAAAGCUGGUACAUACUGUGCUAGCAAAUGGGGCCUUAUUGGGCUAUCCAAGUCUGCAGCCAUUGAAGCCGGCAGGGAUGGCGUUCGCGUCAAUGUCAUAGCGCCUGGGCUUAUUGAUACACCACAACUGGCCAGCAUCAACGACGAUGAGUUCAGUAACAACGACGCCACCGUCCGCCAGAUUAUUCCGCUCGGACGAAAAGGGAGACCUCAGGAGGCGGCUGCGCUGAUCAGGUUUUUGUUGAGUGAUGAUUCAUCGUACGUGACGGGUAGCACUUAUCAUAUCGAUGGGGGCUUAUACUUGUGA